AUGAGAUAAUUUUUCGUAAUUAAAUGUGUUUCAAUUAAAUUAGCCAGUAUUGGUAGUAUUGGAAGAUCCAUAUCAUAAUUCUCACAGAAUUAUUACAUUAAUAAAUUUUGCUGUGAGCUUGUAGGUAAAAAUACAUAAAAUAAAAUGUAGGUAUAAAACCAAAAUUACUUAAGGAUGAUUAUUGGAUAAAAAAUAUGAUAUAUUUUACAAGAGAAGACUAAAAAAAAAAGGAAUAAUCAGUUUUGAUUUAUUAGGGCAUAAAAGAUGGAUUAAAUAAUUAAUAAUAUUGGAAUAAAGUGAAUGGUAAAGCUAACUUACUUAUGGUAAUUUAAUCAAAAACUCAUUAAUCUUUGGAGCAUAUUCACCUUCUAAAUGGGAAUCAUGUGUCGAAGAUAUGUAGAAGAUAAUACAUUAUCAUCUUUUAUAUUUUCAUAAACUCAUGA